AUGGCUCCCUUGGCCGAGGUGGGGGGCGUGCUGGGGGGCCUGGACGGCCUGGGCCAGCAGGUGGGCUCGCACUUCCUGCUGCCCCCGGCCGGGGAGCGGCCGCCGCUGGGCGAGCGGCGGGGCGGCGAGCGGGGCGCCCGCGGGCCGGGGGCGGCGGAGCUGGCGCACCUGCACGGCAUCCUGCGCCGCCGGCAGCUCUACUGCCGCACCGGCUUCCACCUGCAGAUCCUGCCCGACGGCAGCGUGCGCGGCACCCGGCAGGACCACAGCCUCUUCGGUAUCCUGGAAUUCAUCAGUGUGGCAGUGGGACUGGUCAGUAUUAGAGGUGUGGACAGUGGUCUCUACCUUGGAAUGAAUGACAAAGGAGAACUCUAUGGAUCAGAGAAACUGACUUCUGAAUGCAUCUUUAGGGAGCAAUUUGAAGAGAACUGGUAUAACACUUAUUCAUCCAACAUAUACAAGCAUGGAGACACUGGCCGCAGGUAUUUUGUGGCGCUUAACAAAGACGGAACUCCAAGAGAUGGUGCCAGGUCCAAAAGACAUCAGAAAUUUACGCAUUUCCUGCCAAGACCAGUGGAUCCAGAAAGAGUUCCUGCAUUGUAUAAGGACAUUCUAAUAUACACUUAA